AUGCCUCAAGCUGCAGAGGCCCCCUCAGCGACCUCGUCGCACAUGAUGAAGACGACCAAGCGCGGCAGGCCCUUCCUCAAGCUUACCACCAACAGGCAAUACUUCCGUAGUUUUCCUAAUUCCUUCACCACCGAUGACGCCGCGAGAAACCUUGCAUCCCUCAAGUUCUCGCAAUCGAACCGUGGACCGGAUCCUCGAGAACCUUCCCGCAUCGUUACCACCACUACCACCACCACCUUCUCCAUGACCCGCGACAUGGCCAAGGCCAUGUGCCAGCAAUUCAUGGAUGCACGCCUCAUCGAGAACGCUGCGGAUCCCGGCUCGAAUCUCUUCAAGGAGCGCGGAGUUUACGUCCUCACCCCGAAGGGCCUCCAUGUCCUUGAGAGGUUCAUGAGCAAGAACGGCAUCAACGGUGACCAUCUCGCCCACGUUUUCUCGUCCCAACCUAUCUGCAUGAAGCUCCUUCACCUUGAGCGACGGUCAGUAGACGACGAGAUCAUUGUCUCCCACUCCGCUAUCACCGCCCUCUUUCGCCGCUUUGUCGGGCGUGGACCCAACUAUCCGCCAGAGUACAUGGACACCAUGGAUGCCUUCCAGAAGUACCACGAGAAGUCGAAGGGUGUCGCGCUCAUGGAUGUGUCGGAUAAGACGCAGGGCAAAGUUGCGUCCGUCAACAAGCACUGUUUCGCCGCUGUGACGGCGUUGGAGUGGCUAUGCGACUUCACUUCCGUCAUCGGCAGAGAGGAGGCCGCCGAGAUGGCAGCACAAUUCGUACGGUUCGGUCUCAUCACUCUCGUCUCUGACAAGCGCAAGAACAACGACUCCGCUAUCAUCUUCACUGUUCGUGGCGCCGCGGGCGGCGCAAACUCGACCAUCUCACAACAUGGAGAGUUCCGCUGCACAGCCAAGGCCAUCUACAGAAUAACGGACGAGGGUCGCCGGCUUGCUCGCUGGGAUAUGCCCGAUGGUGCGCGCGCGUCCCCCAACAGCUCCAACGCCAAUGUCUCUAGCGCGGCGCGGACAUCGGAGGACCACACGGAGACAUCAACCGCGGAGGGCGUCCCUUCGAGCGAUGCCAAGAUCCACCGCCGUAUAUCGAUGACUGAGAAGCUCAACGCCAACUACGACGCGGAGAAGAAGGGUCAGAAGGAGUCGAACACCGAUCGCCUCAAGUUCAUCGUCGAAGAGCCUCAGCUUCGUGCGCUCUUCCGGGAGUUCCUCCGGAGCAACUUCUGCGAGGAGAACUUGUCGUUCUACCUCGAUGUCCUGGACUUCAAGAAGUCGUUUAGCACGACCUCCUCGGCUAUCGCGUCGAAUCCUCCGGUGACUCGAACAGGAGGCAAAGGCACGCCUGGACAGCUCGCGAUGGAGAAGCACCACGAGGCCCUGAUCCAGAAGGCCUUCGUCAUCUACAACACGUACCUCGCGCCCUCAAGCCAGAGCGAGCUUAACAUCGAUCACGGCCUCCGCAACGAGCUUUCGGGCUACCUGAGCGACGUCAUCCAGUCGCUGACCGGCAAGGCCUUCCAGGGCCGCGUCGAGCUGGAGCAGGCGAACGCCUUCAACGCGACGCAAUUGCAGACAAUGAUCCGGUUGUACGAGCGCAUCCAGACGCACGUCUUCCGUCUCAUGGCGACGGACUCUGUUCCGAAGUUCAUCAAAACCCCGAGGUUCCUCGCACUGAAGAUCAAGCUGGUGGAGGAGGACGACGGCCCUCUGGCGGACUUCCCCCUCAUGCCGUCGAGCACGACGACGCCAUCAGUGCCGCCAGGGCUGACGGCGGGCGAGGAUGAGGUGGGUGGGGCGUACGUGACGAUCUCACAAAGAGCGGCGAUCCAGGAGCGUCCGCCAACGGGCGAGCACCGAUGA